CAUCCCGUUUGCCCCAAUUGCCGAUCGAUCGUCUUUUGCGACUACAACGCGACCUGUCACUGUUUCGUUGCCAUACUGAGUCGUGGAGAUGACUGCUCUGCGUCACAGACAAUGACUGUGUUUGUAAUACCCAGUUACUUUGCAUCCGCUGCCCGUCUAUUCUCCUCCGGUCCGGAGGUCCACUUACGCCUCAUCGCAAAGUAAACCAAGAGCCAGCAAGCAACAUGGCGACCUUCGAUACCAACAACAAUGACUGGCACAAUGCCAAUGGAGGUGGCCUGCCUUUUAGACCACCUCCAACGGUCGAUGAGGCUUUGCCAUAUUCUCCUUUCACCUCUGUGGUCCCGUUCUCCCCGGACAUAAUUCCCUAUCCUGUCGCUGAGCCGCCUACUCCUCCAACUACCCUUACGCCGAACCAGCAGAACGCAGCCAAAAAGGCUGUCGGUAUCUUGAACAGCGAGCUUAGUGGUCCUCGGUCCACCGCUCAACACCUUGAAGACACUUUCCGGGAGCUUCGUCGCAUACUCGGAAAUCCGUUAGAAAUGACGGAGUUUCGCUUCAAACAGACGUCGCAGCUCGUUACGCCUCCCCCAGAUAGCCCAUCUGAGCAGUCUAAUGGCAAGGCCCCUACCAAAACCCCAACUCUCAGCCCCUUCGCGGCCAUGCUUUUGAAACAAACAAAUGUUCACUAUCAGCCCACUGCCAAAAAUUCAAAAUCGGAGCCUCGUACGAACUCACAAAAAGCAACCCCUCAAUCCGCGUUUCAUACUCCGUCACGUCCUGCACCUCCGUCCUCACACCGUAUACCUCACAUUCAGAAUGGAGCGUAUCAAUCGUCCCCUGUAACACCAAUCUCUUCUGUUGGCAGUCAAAUACCACGCUCAGGACCGGCGGUGAUUGUCAAGCCUCUCGGUCCUGAUGCACGUCGAGAAGAGUACCUUCGAUAUGACAAGUUGCCUAUCGAAGACGAUGCAGUUCAACAGAAAUUGAACAACGCGCAUGAAAGCGGUCUUGCAGCGCUGAGGCCCCAGGAACGAGAAAUCGCGGAACAAAAAAUUGAACGACUUCACAAGACGACGAAGCGCCUACAUUCGCUACGAGAGAACGACCACGAGGCGGAGGAGUUUGAGCAACUGCCAGGCCCCGAUGGCGAUGUAACGGUAAUGCGAGUUGCAACCGUGGAGCGCUUAUAUGAUAGAGUCAUGUCUGUGCAAGCCACUGGCUGUUUCUCGUCUGUGUCCGUGGAAGCCAUCAAAAGGAUCCAUAGCUUGUGCAAGCCCUCCAUCACUGCACUGGAUCAGUCAUCACUGUUUGUAGAACACGAAUCUUGGUCCGACAAUUUCAGAAUGACGGAGCCUGGAUUGAAAGCUUGCAAACUGACCCUUACUACCAUGCUGGAGGGUUGCGACGAUCGGAGUGUAACUCCAGAAGAUCUGGUGAUUGCCGUGAUCGAUGCGCUGAAGCGGGUCCUCGAAACCUGCAUACUCCCGGUUCUGGAAUCUAGGCGGACCGGCGAGAAUGCGGAGCUUUUCAACCAUGCCGCUGGAUUCAAGGACAAACUGAAAGUGAUGUUACUCUCUUGCACCAGUGUACUGAAAACUCUUGCGCCUCUGAUAAGCAAGAUGUCGCUGACCCACAAUGCUGUCAAUCCAAUUGAACAUCUCGCGUUGGGUCUGCUAGUCCAGCAGAACAGCGACUCUGAGAAGGAUUCAAUAUUUGGUCUGCGAAAAUUCGAAGCCUUGCGACAGGCAGCAAUGGAAGUCCUAACGCAAAUAUUUGCUGCACAUGCCAAUCACCAGCAUUCGAUCACCUCAGAAAUUCUUAAUAACCUAGAAAAGUUACCUGACAAAGGUUCCAACACGAGGCAGUUCAAGUCAGUGAGGGAUCCGGCCAUCAUGACCGUCUCUGCGUUAUUCAUGCGCUUCGUGCAGGUUGCCUCCACGAAUCAACAUAAUCAACACAAAACACGCACAAGUUCUGUAAUUUCAGAUGAAUCGGGCGAUGACGAUGAGAGUGAAUUUGACUCGGAUGAAAUCACAUCCAAAAAGAAGAAGACGAAAAAAUCCCACGGCAACAUGUCUGCGAGGUCCCUUGCGGAGCAGUUGACAAACAACUCCCGAGUCAUCGCUGGUCGUAUUGCGACUGUUCUGACUGAGAGGGCGUUGAACGUAUCAAAAUCCGGCGACAAGCCUUUUCGAAACUUGUUGGAUAUGUUUGUUGAAGACUUCUGCAGCGUUCUUGGGUCACCUGAAUGGCCCGCUGCUACGGUGCUCCUACAGCGAUUGCUUGGGUGCAUGGUAAGUCUCUCUAGAUCGUCGACCAACAACAACAAAGAGAUGGCACUCACCAUGAUGGGAACAAUGGGCUCCGGUAUCAUCGAUUUCAAAUUACGUUUGAAACGUUUGAAACGCGAGCUCGUAAUCGCACCAUCCGAUCUGUCUAUCAAAUUAGACCAAUUGACGGAAGAUGCUCUUGAUAAGGGAAUCGAUAAGAAGGAUUUACUGAGUUCGAAUGGUCCUUACAGAAUGGUCAUUGAGUCUCUCCCGGAUUAUCUCAAGGUCGAGGCAAAUCAACCUGAUCCUCAUCUUCUUUCUGUGCAGGGCUGUUACCUCACGUUCUGGCUAGACAAUAUCGCUCAACAUCUCAAGCCGAAGGAUGAUGAGGGUGACUCCAGUGACCGGGAUUCGACCGAAUUACAAGAACGCUUGGAGAGUAUGUUCACCGAUCCCAAAGGCCUUUCCAGGGAAUACAAAUUCCAGAACGUCUCAGAGAUGCAAAGUCGCAUUGCAGCCGGCCUCAUCACACUAAAUGACGCCUUCUGCCAAUAUCUCGAUAGGAUUGUGCUCCACAUGAUCACUUACACACAGUCCAAUGAGACAAAACUGAAAUCUAAGGCGAUCAAGAAUAUCGCAACCUUCUUGGACAAAGAUGUCCAGACUAUCCCGAAGCAACUUAUCAAGGGCGUGACCGGUUUCUUGCGUGACAGUUCACCGCUUGUUCGCACUGACGCCGUUGCACUGGUUGCCAAAUGCUGGGAAGGAAAUCCCGGGGAUGAGCAACACUACUUGCCAGGGAUUCUCAGUCUAACCACCGAUCCCUCGAAUGGACCUAAGAAGAAAGCGAUUGACCUCUUGAAAAGAGUAUAUCAGACGACUUCCUCUGGUGAACAUAAACUAAGUAUUGUAGCUUCGUUGCUCUUACCUUCUCAGGACCAUGAGAAGGCGAUAGCAGACAUGUCUCGCCAGGCUCUCGAGGACAUCUGGCUGUCCCCACUUGACAAAAAUGCCAAAGCCGAAGAGAGUAUGGUCAAACUCAAGCGUGUCGAACGUGCUUCCCUCCUGGUUCAGACAAUACGACGUAUCCAAGGCCAAGCAGCACAUCUAGAGGCUUUUGAGAAGUUUUUCGAGAUGGCCCUUACAAAUCAACCGGCUUAUGUUCAGACUUGCACGGGAAUCGUUGCGGACAUGGUUGAAGGCGUCAUCAGUCCCGACUCUUUAGCUGCGGGCUGUUCACAGGAGCAUGUCCUCAAAACAUUGAGCAUUCUGGCAAGGGUUGGCCCAAGGCUGUUUAGUGCUAGCCAACUCCAGCUUCUGAAGCUGUAUAUCAAGAAUCCGGUAACUGUUGACGAUCUAAAUAUCCUCCGACCCACUGUCACUAUCUUCCGCUUUAUUUUGCCCUGCAUUCCGAAUUUACAGAAGGACUUUGCAGACGAAGUAUGGACGCUCCUCAGCAAAGUUAUUUCCAAACUUGCCUCCUGGGCAGGCCGGGGCAAUCCAGCGGGAAAAGAAACUCUGCGUGAUGUCGUCCACUGUUCCUGGAUGAUCAGUCCUUUGGCCUCAAACGGUGUGCCUAGAAUGAUUCAGGUGGUCUCAUCUACGCUUACCCAGCUCCAGCCGCUAUCUUCACUCACAAAAGAAGAGGUUGAAUCAGCGAAGGGCAAGAUCACAUCGUACUUGAUCCUUCUCGGCACAUUCGGGACGGUUUGCAAUUUCGAUGGCGAAUUUGCCGAUGCAUUUCGAUCUGCAGUUAUGAAAAAGGCCAGAGCGGAAGUCAAUGCUAAGAAGACUACUGAAGACCAGGUAAAGAAUCUUCUUAACCCUGCGACAACUGCACCGUCUUUGCUUCUGCUCGAGUCAGUACGGCCCUUCACCAAACAAGCUUGGGACAUGGUGAUUCGUGAUCACGCCCUCUCCAGUAUGGGGGAAAUUUGCCAAGGGUCGCCCUCGUUGUUUCGACGAAAAGACGUCGAAGCAACGUUCAAGGUGAUUUUCAAGAACGACGUUGUUUCACUAAAGCGCAUCGCGCUGACUCAAUUCCACGACUUCUUCGUCCGAGCCGAGCGGCGUCCUGGUGGCGACAACGACAUCCCCGGCAGCCAGCAAGCCGCUGACAGCAAACUUCGACUAGGCACCACUUUUGUGGCUGGCGAUCAUCAAGUCACAACAAACUACUUAGCCCGUACGUUCCUUUCAGCGGUCGUUGAGAUCGCAUUACAAACAACAGGUGAACUCGCUCUACUGGCAACAAACAUAGUCACCAGCGUGAACCGACAGGGCUUAGUACACCCUAAAGAAUGUGGUGCUGCGCUCAUUGCCUUGGGAACGUCCCCCGACGCGCAGAUUGCGCAAGCCGCGUCUAUCGAGCACAAGAAAAUCCACGAUCAUCACGAGUCCAUGUUUGAAAAGGAAUACAUGGCUGCAGUCAAGAUGGCAUUCACGUACCAACGAGAGGUAUAUGAUGAUUCACACGGCAUGAAUACAUCUCACAAGCCAAAAUUACUUCAGGCUUUCAGCAUCAUCAAGGGGGGGAAUAGGAAGACGCUGAAGAAAUUCCUCGACAACCUCUGUAAACAGGUUGAUUUUGAUCUUGCCAAACUUGAAGACCCGGGUGUUGGUCAGACAAUACUCCUCUACACUCGGUUUUGUCUCGAAAAUCUGGCCUUGUUCGAUGCAACGAAGCUUGAGGAUGUUGCGAUCGUGACUAAUGCUCUCGAAAACAUUGUCAUGAAGCUCACUGGUCCAUCUGUGGGAAUCGCAAUCGAUACGGAGCUGUCGAAGACUCUUGACUUGGCUCCUCCGCCUCAAGUGACUCUCCCACCCCUCUCGAUUGAAGAGUCGAUGGUCAUUCACACCACAGAAGGCGAAAACACCACUCCGCCCACAGCCGCUCCAGCCCCUACAAUAGUCUCCGCGCCGCUCGUCGCGCCGGACGUUCAGGAAUCGCACAUGGUUGUCUCGGAAGAGCGGCUUUUGCAGUUGUCCCGAGCAUCUGUCAUUCUCCUCAUGAUGUGGGAAACACGUGGUUUCAUACGAAAAGCGUAUAAAUUAGACAAUCAGAGCGGACGUAUCCAGCACAAGGAUUAUCAAAAACCUGUCUCUCGCAACAACCUCGUGACAGGCAAAGAACUUUGGGACCGCCUGGAUGCAAUAUUCAAUUCCUUCGAGAGUUCGGAGACCAUGACCAAACGAUGUCACGAGUUUGCCGAGCUUCUCGAGGUCGAUAAGGACGCUCGUUUUGGUGACGAAGAAGAUGAUGGCGAGGGUGAUGCAGGCUAUGUGACUCCGGAUGGCGUCGAGGAUAAUCAAGGGAUGCCAAACAGCGGCCGUGGUAGGAAGAGAAAGACGAGCGCCUCUUCUUCGAACACCCCGAAAAAGAGAGGUCGGCCAAGCGGCUCCAAGCAUAUGAAGCGCAACUCCAAAACCCCUGACACGGAUGGUUGGGAUUAA